UUGUGGCAUAUUUAAGUUCAAAUACUGCGUACACUGAGGCAGUACUAAUUUAGAUUCAAGUCAAACGUUCGUCGUCCCUCAAGAAUUAACUUCAAAAUGAAAACUCUGGUGGUGUUAGCUUGCGUGGUAUUGUCGGUGUUCGCGGCGGAGAAAUAUAACUCAAAAUAUGACAAUUUUGAUGUCGACACGUUGAUUGGUAACGAAAGACUGCUCAAGUCAUACAUAAACUGUUUCCUAGAUAAAGGCAGAUGCACAGCUGAGGGCACGGACUUUAAAAAAGCUCUACCCGAGUCAAUUGAGACAAACUGCGGAAAAUGCACUGAAAAACAGAAGCUCAACAUAAGGAAAGUAAUCAAAGCCAUACAACAGAAGUACCCCGAGAAAUGGGAGGAACUUGUCAAGAAAAACGACCCCAGCGGCAAACACCGCGCGAAUUUCGAUAAAUUCAUCCAGGGCAGCUAAACUUAUUCAUUUCAAAUUUAAUCUAAGUUAUUCACUAAGUUAAAAUAAGUUUUAUUCCUAUGAAAAGUAUUGUUACCAAUUUGUUAAAAUACUCAAUCUUUAUUGUCACGCAAUUUUAAACUUUAAAUAAUGAGAUUAUAGGAACUAGAAAACUCGAAUAAUAUUUUAAGCCACAAAAAUGCUCUCUUAUGUUAUUUCAAAAACAAUUUUUUAAGCUUAAAACAUAUUAUUAUUUAUUACGAAGAUGAAAAGUUAGACUGAAAAUAAUAAACAAUUGUAUA